UGCUGCUGUCUCAGCUCUGUUUGAGCAGAGAAAUCCAGUGGGGAAGCUGCUUUGGGCUCAAGCAGGACUGUUCUCUCAAAAAUUUGCUUUUACCUCCUAAAAGCAGAAAGCUGGAGGUACAGGGGCAGGACAAUGUGUCUCUUUGUGGUGUGUCUGCUCAGUGUCUUGGGGCUGACUGCUCCUGAGCACUACACCGUGGAAGACAUCUGCACUGCAAAGCCACGUGACAUCCCAGUGAACCCUAUCUGCAUCUAUCGCAACCCUGAAAAGAACCCUCAGGAGAGUGAGGGGCAAGAGCCAGCAAAGGACAAGCUCCCAGAGUCCACCAACCCCCGGGUCUGGGAGCUAUCAAAAGCCAACUCUCGGUUUGCUGUCAUCUUCUACAAGUACCUGGCUGACUCCAAGGACAAUGGGGAAAACAUCUUCAUGUCACCCCUCAGCAUUUCCACAGCUUUUGCCAUGACCAAGCUUGGAGCCUGUGGUAACACCCUCCAGCAGCUCAUGGAGGUCUUUCAAUUUGACACCAUUUCAGAGAAAACAUCAGAUCAGAUCCAUUUCUUCUUUGCCAAGCUGAACUGCCGCCUUUACAAGAAAGCAAACAAAUCCUCAGAUUUGGUAUCAGCCAAUCGUCUCUUCGGGGAGAAAUCUUUAAGCUUUAAUGAGACUUACCAGAACAUCAGUGAAAUCGUUUAUGGAGCAAAACUCUGGCCCUUGAACUUCAAAGAGAAGCCAGAACUUUCCAGGCAAAUCAUUAAUGAGUGGGUGGCUAAUAAGACAGAGAAGCGCAUUACAGAAGUGAUCCCAGAAAAUGGUAUUGAUGAUCUCACUGUCUUGGUCCUGGUCAACACCAUUUAUUUUAAGGGGCACUGGAAAUCACAGUUCCCAGCUCCAAAUACAAAACUGGAUAUAUUUCAUAAAGCCAGUGGUGAGACCUGCCAAGUCCCAACUAUGUACCAGGAGUCCAAAUUCCACUACACAUUCAUCGCCCAGGACAAAGUCCAGGUGCUGGAGCUGCCUUACAAAGGGGACGAUAUCACAAUGGUGCUGGUCCUGCCCAGUGCCGGGACACUGUUGGAGAAAGUGGAGCGAGACUUGACAUCAGAGAAGCUGCAGGACUGGAUAGAUUCCAUGAAGGAGAUGUCUCUCUUUGUCUACCUCCCUCGCUUCCGUGUUGAGGACAGCUUCAGUGUCAAGGAAAAGCUGAGGAAAAUGGGGCUGGAAGAUCUCUUCAGUCCAGAAAAUGCUAGACUCCCAGGUAUCAUUGCAGAGGGCCGCACAGACUUGUAUGUGUCUGAGGCUUUCCACAAAGCCUUCCUUGAGGUGAAUGAAGAAGGCAGUGAGGCCUCAGCUGCUACAGCUGUCACCAUCUCUGGCCGUUCUUUCCCUAUGAACAGAAAAAUCUUCAAUGCCAACAGGCCCUUCCUGCUUUUCAUCCGGGAAGCUACCCUCAACACCAUCAUCUUCAUGGGCAGGAUAGCUGAUCCUUGCUCCUAAAGGAGCUGGUAGGGCCUCACUUCUCCCUCCUCUGCCUUGGGAAAAGGGGAGGUGGGUUAUUGUCACAAGGCAUGGGCUGCUCCUGGGGUGGUUGGUCUUGCUGUUUGGUGCCAGCUGCAGGGAGGGACUGCAUCCAACUAGGCUGUCCCUGCUCUUCCCUGCCAUGUCACGUGAGGGGGCUCAUAGGUCACCUCACCUGUCCUGUCCUCCAUGGCAAGGAAAACUGAAUUUCAUCUGGCACCAGUAUUUUUGUGGCACCCAAGCCCAGCAUUGCUGUCCUUCCUGUGCCCAACCCUCUGUAACUCUGAUUAUUUGGUUCAUUAAAACCUAUAGAUCUGUAUGUAACAAACUGCUCUCUGAAUGCACAAUUUACAUUAGCCACUUCCUAGAUUUAAAUUCGUCUUUUCCAGUAAAUGGGGCCCCACACCAGAAAGGUGAGUGGAACAGCAGCAGCCAUAAGGCAUGCGCUGGCUGGGCUAGGAACACCUUCCUGCAGCUCUGUGUGGGUGGAAGAGCUGCCAAACAGCUGUGCCCUGCUUGCCAGCUGCUCUGGUAUGUCCUGUGUGCCCAAGUGCUAAGAGUCACUAGUGACAGUCUUGCAUAGCCAAGGCUUUGAAACUCUUUUUUAAUAUUAAGAUUUCAUCUAAUAGUUACUAUAGCAGCAGUGCCCAUGAACCAUGACAGUGCCCAGGUAAUGUAACCAGUAGCUGUAGCUUUGAUUAAAAUUUAUUAUUUUACCUGCAAUUUUACUCCAGGAGCUGAGGUGUCCUGGCCUGCUGUGAGGCUGCAUGUGAUCAGACCUCUUGUUUUCUCAGGCUGUACUGCUGUAGCACCUAGGGCAGGGUUGUCCUAAAGACGCAGAAGAUUUCUCCAUUUCAGGCAGUUGUUUGAAACCAGACAGUGAAAGCAGUUCCUGUCCUCAGGAGCUGAUGGAAGUGGUGUGUGCAGACAGAGGGUUGCACUCCCCAGUGGCCCAUUUACUCUGGAUUGUGUAGGACCAGCAAAAUAUCCACCUUUGUAAAGGCUUCUCUUGGCAGGAAUUACCAGAGUAGCCAAGUAGUAAAGGAGUUAACUUGAACAGAGCUGGUUUGUCAGAUCUUUGGUCACUGGGUCUCUAGUUUUGGAAGCUAUCAGUGGUUUGACUCUUUCCUGUUCCUAGCAGGACUGCUUGAGCAUCUGUGCAAGUAGUGUGUGAUUAGGACAUGGAGGGCCACCUCCUCCACUGUCCCACAAGCAAACUGUACACAUCUGAGAGGUGUCCUUAAGAGGCUGACAUGCUCCCCUGGAGCAGUACCUUGGAAAGAAGCUGUGAAGGACUGGGAACCUGGGAGGAAAAGGGGAAGCAUUUUGAAAAUAGAGUUCAGAAAGCAGCUCUUCCUCUUCCUCUCCCUCUCCCUGCCCUCCUCUGGCAGUUACCACUGUGGCAUUUCUUGAUGAAUCCCAUCUUCUGCCUGUGAACAUCACUGAGAGACACACACAACCUCCUGUAAUCUCUGCCUUUUUCAGUUGUGCUCCAAGCUGUGGAGAUGGACACUGGUGAAAGAGGAGGGCUGAGGAAAUGCCUGGGUCUCCCUAGCAUGGCACUGAACCAAAAUGCUUCCCCUGCCAUAGGCAGCUGGGAAAACAUCCAAAACUUGACCUGCAGCAAGAGCACAGGGCUUGUUCUCCUGGGGAAACUGAAAAUGGCUGAGCCUGCUGAAGAGGUGAGACAAAACUCAUGCAAUAGGGACAGAAGCCAUUUGAGUUGCCAGGAACAACAGCCUGGCACUGUGCAGCCUCUAUUAAGCUGUGCAGCUUAAGACAGUGGGGAGCUGCCCACAACUGAGAUCAGGUGGAAAAUCCACAUUGGGUCAGUACCAGUCAGCCAUAAGACACAGACAAGGACCUGAGUAUUAAACCAUUUAAUUCUCAAACCACUCA